AUGGAUGCAGGCUCGACAUCCCGCCGUAUCUGCAUCUGGUGGAGACGAACACGGGCCGUAGCCUCUGCGUGCAUCAUCAGCCAGGAACACGUGUGCCACCCACUUUCAUUGGCCCCACAGGUCUUGGGCGCAGCCGUCAACCGAGGGGUCAUAUCCACGGAGAUGCGCGCCUUCAACAAUCUCAACUGGCACAGGGGCGGCGGCGUCUUGCAGAAGAUCGGACUCACAAACCCCUUCUUUAGCGGCGAGUACGCUGCUGCUCACGUGACGGGCUGCCAGGACGGCCCAGACAAGAAGUGCAAGAAAAUGGCAGCAGGUCUCAGGCACGUUGGCGCGCACUCGGUCGAGACAAACCGCAUGACAUUCAACGGGAACAUCUCCACCUUUGAUCUCUGGGACACUGAGACGCUGCACGGUGGCGAGGAUAUGGAGCUCCGGGAGACAUACUUCACCACAAACGGCAACUUGGCGCAGGCUGUGCAGCAGAACCGCACGGCAAUCCACACAGUGCACAACAACACCGUGCGGCGGGCACGGCCUGCGGACCCAACCCUCACCUCCAGUAACGGCCACUGCACCAGCAAGUGGCCCGAUGGCAAGUAUGAGCUCGGCCAACGGCAACCUCACCAGUCGCGCAUUGCCCAUUGCCCUCUCCACUACUACGCCAAGGACCACGGCUACGUGCCAUGCACCACGUGCGGCAUGGGCACCUGGGCCUCCGCCCCGUGCUCCUCGUCCUCCGACGCCGUUUGCUCUUCCUGGACCGAGUGCAAGCCGGGCCAGAAGGAGUCUGUCUCUGGCAACGCCGUGCGCGACCACCGCAUGUGCGUGAGCUGCACCCGCGGCAUGGAGUACCAGCCGCUGCCGGACCGCGCCUCGUGCUUCCCCACCAGCGUGUGCGAGGAGCCCUUCAUCGAGACCAUCCCGCCCACGCUCACCACAGACCGCCUCUGCUCCUGCGACACGCUCGCCUGCAACAAGCUCAUCACGCAGCUGUUUGAGGAGAUGGUGUGCGCCGAGCCCACCGACGAGCAGCUCGACGUGGAUGGCAUCCGCGACACCAUUCGCCAGAUGGAUGCCUACGAGGCACGCCGCUCCUGCCCAGGCUGCACAGACACGUGCGAGUGCAGCGCUGGCUUCAUCCUUGUCUACGACGCCGACUCAGCCGACUGUCGGCCAUGCGACGGCGUGACGGAGUUCUCCCCAUCCGUUGGCGGCAGCAAGUACGAGCCCAUUGAGGAGUGCGAGCUCGGCCAGGAAGAGGUCGCCGCGCCAACCCGCUCCUCGGACCGCGUGUGCCACGACUGCUCGGCCCGCACCAUCGACUUGGACAGCGACGGUUCCACGGGUUGCCAGCCAAAGUGCGCGCCCGGGUUUGAGGAGGUGCAGGCCAUGACGCUCCUCAUCAGCGACCGUGUCUGCGACGAGUGUCCUGGAGGGCACGUACAAGGCUGUCUCUGGCCAGCCAGGGCGUGCUCUUGCUUUCCCGUCACGACGUGCGAUGCCGGCGAGGAGGAGACGGCCGAGCCCACCCCCACGAGCGACCGCGUGUGCAGCCAGUGCGAGCUCGGCGCCACCUUCAAGCCCGUCGAACGGCCGGGCCGAGUCAUGCCGCCCCGUCACGCAGUGCGGUCCGGAUGA